AUGGUGGAAGGAGUGCGGGCGUUAGCAUGGCUCGACGUCUUGGUGAUUGUGCUGUAUUUUGUGCUGGUGUUGGCCAUUGGUUUAUCAUCGUUUUGCGCCAACACCGGAAGUCUGAAGGGUUACUUUCUAGCGGGGAGAUCAAUGAUCUGGCUCCCGGUUGGCGCUUCCAUCUUUUCGUCCAAUGUGGGGAGUCAGUUCUUUAUCGGCAUGGCUGGCACGGCUGCGGCUUCCGGUAUAGCUGUAAUUAUAUUUGAGUGGCACGCUGUGUUCAUCUUGAUGCUUCUAGGAUGGUUUUUCAUUCCGGUUUAUGUGUCAUCGGAGGCCUAUACGAUGCCCGAAUAUCUGAAAAAAAGAUUCGGCCGGAAAAAGCUCCGUUUCUAUCUAUCUGUUUUGGCGAUUUUUCUUCUCAUAAUCCAGACAAUCUCGGUCAGUGUUUACGCAGGCGCAGUUUUCAUCCAGCAAGCGACUGGUUGGGAUAUGUACGUUUCCAUCGCGUGCGUUACCGUGAUAACAGCCAUCUACACUAUCAUAGGAGGUCUUGCUGCAGUGAUUUACACUGACACCUUACAGACUCUAAUCAUGUUGGGCGGAUCGUUCGUCUUAAUGUACUUUGUUUGUCCAGGAAUGAGAGAAAUUGGGGGAAUCAACGCAAUCUUUGAAAAGUACAUGAAGGCGGUUCCCAGGGUCACAACGUGCCGUAACAACCUCACUGCGAUAUUCCCACGAGGAGACGAACUGCACAUAUUCCGAGAUCCCAUCGAGAGUGACUUCCCUUGGCCUGGCACAACGAUCGGUCUGACACCCAUGGCCAUCCUGGCAUGGUGUACUGACCAGGUUAUCGUCCAGCGCGCCCUGGCGGCGAAGACUCUGAACCACGCCAAAGGGGGAGUAAUACUGGCUGGUUAUCUCAAAAUCCUUCCGUUUUUCAUCAUCGUACUUCCUGGUAUGAUGAGUAGGAUACUUUUUCCCGACACGGUCGGUUGUGUUAACCCGGAUAUUUGCAUGAAAGUGUGCCAAGACCCAAACGGAUGUUCGAAUAUCGCCUACCCUAAACUUGUCCUUGAGCUUCUACCGCAGGGUGGUCGCGGACUGAUGCUGGCUGUGAUGUUAUCAGCCCUGAUGAGCACGCUGACGUCCGUGUUUAACAGUGCCAGCAGUAUCUUCACUAUCGACAUUUACAGCAAGAUAAAGAAAUCUUGUUCUGAGAGAGAGCUCAUGAUAGUGGGUCGGUUAUUUAUUCUAGUUCUUGUAGCCGUAAGUAUAGGCUGGAUUCCUAUUCUGAACGCUGCUCAAGGGGGAAAACUCUGGGACUAUCUCCAGUCCAUGCAGGCGUACUUAGCCCCGCCCAUUUGCGUUGUGUUCGUGCUCGGCGUUGGGUGGACUCGAACAACGGAACCGGGGGCCUUUUUCGGCAUGCUGUCUGGCCACGGCCUCGGCGUGACGCGCAUGAUCCUUGACCUUGUGUACCAGAAACCAGCCUGCGGUUCCCCAGAUUUCAGACCACCUAUUCUCUCCCGAAUUCACUACCUCUAUUUUUCCAUAAUACUGACUGCCGUCACGGCUAUCGUGGUGGUCGUCAUCAGUCUGCUGACACCCAAGAGACCGGAAGCGAAGCUACGCAGAGUCACAUGGUGGACAAAAUACAGCCGGGAGCGCCAAGAACCGGACUCUGACGAUGAGGAAGUGCAACAACAACCGCCGCCAGGUGACGGCAUCGAGCCGGGUGACAUGGCGUCAAGCACAAUGCAGAUAGCAGAAGGAGUUGAGUCAGGGAGAUGCUCGAGAGUGCAGCUCAAGAGGCGGCUCUACAAUAUCGUCUGCUGCUAUUCCACCUUCACCCCAGCUAAGCAGGACCUAACGCUGAUGAAGGAGGCUGAACAGGUGAAAUUCCGGGGGGAUACGGAGAAACCGUUACACACGUGGCUUCUCAACAUAAACGCCGUCGUUCUCAUGACGGUCGCCGUGUUUCUGUUGGCUUUUUACGGAUGAGAAGACGAAGUGGAACGGAGUUCUAAUACCAAAGAAACACUAAAGCGAUCUUUUAAUUCACUGUGAUGUCAUCAUGCGCACAUGUGAGCGGAAGUGAUAAGGACUCUAGUGUCGGGAAACUUCGUACUGUCUCGCGUGACCAGGCAUCUAGUGGACACUCUUGUAUCGAAAUUAUGAAAAUGUGGAAUAAAGCACCCCCUCAACCUAACCAGUCGAAGCUGCCAUGGAAUUAAUUUGACUGAAUCUUCAGAGAGGUAUUCACACACCCUGUAUACCAUAAGGCAGCACUAGCUGCGAAUUUGUAAUCAGUGUAAAGAUAUGCCUUUAAACUAUACGCGGAGAACUUCAUUAUGAUAUAUCCAAUACCUUUAGAGUUUAUGUGAACACCAUAUUUAUCUCAGAUCAAACAACGAUCAGGAACUGGUAAUACACGAGGUGCGAGUUCAAACCUGGACUUAGGAAAAACAUAUGUAGCAUACAUGUUUUCUGUAGCUAACAAGUUUAUGUAGCGUACAGCUUUCACAUGAUGAUGCCAGCACACUAAGUUCCAAGUUAAUGAAUGGAAGAGUACAGAUCUGUAUUUCUGAAAGCUAAGCUGGAAAGAAUGAAUCAGAUCUCUGAUCAAGGACGUCAUGCAGAAAAUAACAUCAGAACUUUCUCCGCUAACAACUGGAAUUGUGAACAUAGCCUGAAGAAACUCUGGGCUUUCUCUUUGGUUUUGAUUUCUUUUUUAGGCGGAAUUUACUUCGUUUUCCAUGUGAUAGAUAUCUUCUUUGUAAAACUGUAUAGUUUCCGUAUGCAAGCCAAAGCGUUAAUGUGUGUAAGCCACAAAAAUGCUUAAUCUGUGGUAUUACUUUAUCAUAGGCACACGUAAUAAUUACCUUAGUGAACAAUUUCAAGUCACUUGUGGGGGAAGUAAAUUGAUCACAGAUCCUCAAAUUUUAAAAUAUUCUUUCACAUGUGUCAUUUUAGAUAUGCAUUACAUUUGCAGUAGGCCUCUGUACAUGUGGACAACCGGUUAGGAGAUCUGUAUCGUUGUAGUGAAGCCUUGAUUUAUGUAUUAUUUAAAGCCUUAAGACGUUUUCACAUACACGCCGGUGGGCAGUUGUAUGGCUGGAACAAACAGGAUUUCCCGGGGCGAAAACAGCCACUUUUGGCAAGUCACUGACAAACUUUCCCACUUUUGGGUAAAAUUCAAGGGAAAUAUAUAUUUGGUAAAUUUAAACAAAAUUGUAUAUAGCUGUGUGAUAUUUACACACAACGGAAACAGCUGUAAAACAACCCUAAACUUUGUGAAUAAAAUUCACAUUUGGCACAUAAAAUGUCAAAACAUUGUAUGAAUUUAUACAGUGGUAAAAUAUUAUAAUUUACAAAUUCAGUGUAUAUUCUGUAAAAGUGUUUGAAAAAAGAAAUGACUAAAACUGCUCC